GUUACGAGAGCCGACAAUUAAUUGGAAUCCAAGCAUCAAACUAAUUCGGCCAGGUGGUCCGGUCGGACAAUUGAGUUGCGACUUAUUCUUUGUUCUCGUCUUUUAACCUGAAUCUCACGGUGUCACUAGCAGAGCAGAGUAGCUAGCACUAGCACCCGAUUGCGAUUAUAACGGAUCCAGAUCGGCGCGGGAUGAAUGGAGAAGGACGAGCGGGAAUGUGACAGAGAGGGAGCGAUUGAUGUGUGCACGUUCGGGUGCUGGGAUUAUUAUUCAAUGAUUUCACUUUCACUGAGACGAUUGAAUGGUGAAUUUUUAUUCUAAAAAAAUGGACUCGAGAUGUAUAUACGAGGGCUGUCAUAUGAAUGAUUCCACAACCUUUUAUAUGUUCGAUACAACAGGGGAUGGAAGGAUAAACAUAAAAUUCGUGGGAGAUGUACUAAGAUGCUUGGGCUUUAACCCUCCUGAGACUCUAGUCAGAAAACUGUUGCGAGGAUAUAAACCUAACUCUUCCAUAAGUUUCGAAGAUUUCCAUCCAAUCCUGCAAGCAGUCAAAAAAGAAACACCCUCCAAUACAGACAUCGCGGAGAUUGAAGAAAAUUUGAUUUCAGGAUUGAGGAAUUUGGAUACUAAAAUGUCUGGAACAAUACCAGCUGUUGAAUUGAAAAACAUCCUGACAUCUGUUGGUGACAGAAUGCAUCCCAGUCAAGUGGAUGAACUAUUCAACAGUUUUGAAGAUGAUGAUGGGAACGUGAAGUACGAAGAACUUGUAAGAAUGGUCAUCUCUGAUCAAAUAUGUGAUCUUUGAGUUUUGAACAUACAUUGUUUGUUAGUAUUAUGUUCUUUCCUCUUUGUUCGAAGGAAUGUGUGUCAUAUAAUCACAGAUGAUUGAAGUUUUGAUUUUCUUAUUAAAAUGACCUAUG